CAAGAUAUAAACUAAAGAGUCUUGAAAGACUUCAAAAGUAAUAUGAAAAAAAAAAUAUGAAGAGAGGUUUAAUUUUGUUUUGUUUCAUAACCCCUUUUCUGUGUUGACCUUGUGCAAGAGUAAGGUAGGGCUCCAGGGAAGGCUUCUCAAAAUAGGUUAGUGAUUCCUGUUACCCCACCUUCCAUCAGCAAGUAUGCGCAACUACCAGGAGAUUUCAAAGUCUUUGCUUUCACAACUCUCCCACCUAUCCUCCUCAAAUCUUUAGUCUUUUAAGCUGCAGACCUCUGGGGCCAGAAGUGAUGCACACCCAGGCUCCUAGCUCUUGAUUUAGCUGCACUUCCUGUUUUAUCCGGGCUACUGUUGUUACAGAGGUGGCAUUGCUGCCACUUUUCGUCCAGGGAGACGGCUGAUGCAGACAUACCUGGGAGAAGAUAGAAAGUGCCCCAGAAAUGGAAAUGGCUUUUGUGUCUAGAAUGCUGGCUGAAAUCUUUCUUCCCUUCCUGCUCUUCUUUGGAACUCUUCGGAUUAUUUUAAAUGUUUCUGUAGGCGUCGGGGCAGCCUGAGGGAAGAGGUGGAGACAUAGUUUUUCUGAAGACAGGGCACUGCUUAUUCAAGAAGAUAUCUCCUUGCACCUGUUUUUAAACAGAGUUCCCGCACUGUGAACUGACUCCGUGCCAGAAGUCCACUAUGCAACUGUGUACUGGAUGAGUUCUGAAAAGACAAUGCAAGUCAAAGAUGUACUGGACAAGAAAGGGGAUGCCUAUGGCUAUUACAAUGACUCUGUGCUAACUACAGGCUGGGGCGUCCUGGAGAUCAAAGCGGGGUAUGGUUCUCAGGCCCUGAGCAAUGAUAUCAUCAUGUUUGCAGCCGGCUAUUUGGAGGGUUACCUCACUGCCCUACACAUGUAUGACCACUUCACAAACCUCUACCCACAGCUGAUUAAGAAGCCUUCCAUCGUGGAUAAAGUGCAGGAUUUUAUAGAGAAGCAAGAUCAGUGGACCCGGAAAAAUGUCAAAGAUUUUAAGGAUGAUCCAUUUUGGAGACAUACUGGCUAUGUUAUGGCACAAAUGGAUGGAUUAUAUAUGGGAGCAUUGAAGAGGGCUCAAUUAGAAGGGAAAAAGCCCCUGACCUUUUUCCAGAUUCAGUUCCUGAAUGCUGUUGGAGAUCUGUUGGAUCUGAUUCCCUCAUUCUUUCUCACAAAAAGCAGUAACCUGAAGUUUAUACACAGACCGGAAAUGGGACAUUGCUCUGCUCUCAUUAAGGUUCUUCCUGGAUUUGAGAAUAUCUUUUUUGCUCACUCAAGUUGGUACACGUAUGCAGCCAUGCUGAGGAUAUAUAAACACUGGAAUUUCAACAUCAAAGAUAAAGACACCAGCAGUAAACGUCUCUCUUUCAGCAGUUACCCAGGGUUUUUGGAGUCUCUGGAUGACUUUUACAUUCUUAGCAGUGGUUUGAUAUUGCUGCAGACCACAAACAGUGUGUUUAACAAAACUCUACUAAAGCAAGUGGUACCCCAGUCUCUCCUGGCCUGGCAAAGAGUCCGUGUAGCCAAUAUGAUGGCAAAUGGUGGUAGGAAGUGGGCAGAGAUCUUUUCAAAAUACAACUCUGGCACCUAUAACAAUCAAUACAUGGUCCUGGACCUGAAGAAGAUAGAGCCAACAUACAGCCUUGGCGAUGGCACUCUGUACAUUGUGGAACAAAUUCCGACUUAUGUCGAAUAUUCUGAACAAACUGGAGUUCUACGGAAAGGAUACUGGUCCUCCUACAACAUUCCUUUCCAUGAAAAAAUCUACAACUGGAGUGGCUAUCCACUGUUAGUUAAGAAGCUGGGUUUGGACUACUCUUAUGAAAUGGCUCCACGAGCCAAAAUCUUCCGGCGCGAUCAAGGAAAAGUGACUGAUAUGGCAUCUAUGAAAUAUAUCAUGCGAUACAACAAUUAUAAGGAGGAUCCUUAUAGUAACGGCGAUCCCUGUAAUACCAUCUGCUGCCGUGGGGACCUUGCCUCAGCUAACCCAAUCCCUGGAGGUUGCUAUGACACAAAGGUGGCAGACAUGUAUCUAGCAUCGGAGUACACAGCUUAUGCCAUUAGUGGUCCCACUGUACAAAAUGGCCUCCCUGUUUUUCACUGGAAUCGUUUCAACAAAACUCUCCAUCAUGGUAUGCCAGAGGCCUACAACUUUGAUUUUGUCACCAUGAGACCAAUUUUGAAACCUGACAGAAAUUGAAAGAUGGAGAUGAGUAAACAGAGGCUGCAAAUAAGAUACCAAAGGCAUUAUUUUAGCUAUAUUUUCCCUUCAGAAUUAAUCUUAAUAAAAUAUAAUAAAUUCAGUUUGUCACUCUAUACCACGGAUUCUGUUUUUAAUAGCACUGUAGAAGUAACAUUAAAUAUGACAAACAACGAUACCAGGCUUCAGCAUACAAGAUUAUGUACCACAAGAGGGUAGAACUGCUCCCUGGCUCACCGAAGUACAUAUUCCCUUUUUAUGCCUGGCCACAUGGUUAGACCCUAUUCUCCCAUGUUCCCUUAGGUAGUGGUGUUAGGUGACCAAGUUCUAGCCAGUAGAAUCAGAGGUGGAAUAAGUGCCAUUUCCAGACUCAGCACACAAGAACCUUUACUCUUCCAUGCUCCUUCCCCUUCCUCUAGCUGGAUAUCUCAACGACAAAGCCAUAGGGGAUGAUGGAGUUGUGAUUUUUCGGUUAUUAACAGGAAUUAGUUGAGUGUUUUGGUAGUGCAGGUUAGGUGUACAAUACAGCAAAGGCACAAACAACAAAAAAUAAGUUAACACUUAUCCAAUAUAGCAAGAGAACAUAUGGUACAUGCAGCCCACUAAAGAGUUCUUCCAUUAAUUAAAAGCACCGUAUCCUGUCGGGCAGCAGGUCUGCACGGAAACUUUUCUUUGAAUGUUGGAGAACUGCAUGUUGUUUUGAGAGCCAUAGAAUUACCAAGCAGGUUGAACAAACAUACUGUAUAGUAGUAUGUGGUUGUUAGUUGCCGUCAACUCCAACUCAUGGAGAGCCCAUGUGGACCCCCAUGUGUGCAGAGUAGAACUGCUCAGGGUUUUCAAGGCUGUGACGUUUUCAAAACAGAUUGCCAGGCCUGUCUUCCAAGGUGCCUCUGGAUGGGUUCGAACCGCCAACCUUUCAGCUAGUUGUCAGGUGAUUUUUAACAAAACGGGAGAUUUUCAAAACAGAAACACAAAGGCUGAGAACAAUCAGAAUGAAUCAAAGAGUACUCAGAAUGUUAAAAACCCAGUAGUUUAUUUCAAAGUAUAAAUUUCAGGCUUGCUGGACAAAAUCCCACUACAGUUAACACUUAUACAGACACCACUCUACUGUACACUUAAAAAAGAAAAAAAAAACCUUCAAAACCUAAUAAAAAUAGGGCAACUUACCCA